GGCCAGCGGGCCGUGGAUGGAGUCUGUUCGAUGCUUCGUGCCGGAGGAGUGAAGGAGCUGCACAUCGGUGGGCUCCAUCUUCAAAACAUGUCGCAGACCACGACCGCGCUGCAGGAGGCCUCUGCAAAGCUGCGUUGCAAUGAUCCCAUUUGACACGGCGGAGAAGAAGGUUACAGGUGGGGCGUGGUUUGAUAUCUCGCUGAAUUAUCUCUAGGCAGGCGCCAGCAAGCACCACAAAGCCUGGUUCUCAACCUAUUGUCGUCUGUGAGAUCAAAAUGGACCAAAAGUGGAUUCAGAUGCUGGUGAUUCUGGUGUUUUAUCAAACGAGUGCCUCAGGAACCAGUGAAAUAGUCUUAAAAGAGGGGGACACGUUUGAAAUCAAGUGUGAGCCUCCUGGGGCUUACUCCAUGGUCAUCUGGUUCCGAGUUCUGGAAAAAUCAGGGAUGGAAUUCAUCGCAUCUUUUGACAUGCAUGGCAAGAGAAAGUUGACCCCGACUGCCCUCUCCUCAAACGUCGAUGACUCGAAGAUGGACAAACGAGUCCUGACACUGAAGUCCUUCAACAAAGCUCGGGACAGCGGCGCCUACGGCUGUGCCUGCAUCAAAAACAACGAGCUGAUAUUUGGCAAAGAAACUCGACUGAAAGGAGAGAAAAAAGCUGUGGUUGCGACCCGAGCACCACUCGUCACCACUGGCACUCCAAACCCCCCCGUGACCACCAAGGCCUGUGUUUGUGAAACCAGUCCUUCCAUCUAUUGCUCAACCAUCAUUCUGGGACCACUGGCCGGCGGCUGUGGCCUUCUUCUCCUCCUCCUCAUCAUCACCAGCCUGUACUGUAACCAAAUAAGGACGCGGAGAUGCCCCCACCACCACAGAAGAAAGCCGCGUACGAUGGCUCAUGGAAAACAGAUGAAGAACAACACACACGUUUAAUCUCAAUGUGGCUGUUUUAUUUCUUUUAACUGUAAUUAUUUGUUAUUGUUCCUAAAAUUAUCUUAUUUACAGUUUAAUUACACUGUGAAUAAUUUACUGGCAAGUUAAAACCUUUUCACUGUGUGUGACAGAAAAUACAAAACAAGAAUCUAUCAAGUCAAAUACUAAUCUGACUUUGAAAGUUUUUCAUUGUCAACUUGUCGAUCGAGCCGCUCUGUCGCAAUCACUGUGAUCUCUUUUACUCAAAUUAAAAAGUGUUAAUUUAUCCAAUCACUAUCAAUCCAAAUAAUAAUAACAAUAAAAAAAAGAUUAGAAUUUGAAUCAACAUUUAUGUGAAAAAAAAAGUAUGUAUAUAAUUUCCCUUUUGUAUAGAUCUCAUUUAUGGCUACAUUUAUAAGUUCGUGUUUUGUAAGCCACGUUUUCACCGUUGUUUUUUAACCUUUCUCUGUUUCGCUGCAUUGAUUUUUUAUUUGAACUACAGUCUUUUUGUUGUUUAGUUACGUCUGGUAGUUUUGUGAUUUAACUUCUCUUCAACCCGAAAAGAAGAAAUAGACUAUAGUGACGAAAAUAAUCUUCUCUGCUGAAAUUAUAUCUGGCAGGAUGCUAACUUGAAAUGUGAAUUAGUUUAUAUUAAAUAUAUCAAAGCUUUUUUUCCGGUGUGAAUAUAAUUUCUCUGGUUUCAAAGUAAUGAGGAGCAAGUAUUGAAUUGUUGUCUUCUUAUAAAUGGAUGUACAGUGUUUUAGAACUGGUCGAUUUUUUCUUUUAAAUAUUGUAAAAACAAAAAUAAACCCAUAAAAUAAAAGGAAUUUUAAUACCA